AUCGGCAAUAAGCGCGGAGGAAAACCCACUCGGAGGCAAGAUGGCUGACUCGAGUGAGUGCUUCAACAUCGGCAGCACAGUGAGUUGCGUUACGUGCUUCGACGAAGAGUUACAAGGCGAGGUUUUAGCGUUCGACUCGCACGUGAAGCUCUUGACACUGAAAUCGCCAGCCAGUAGUGGGAGGACGUCCCUAUGUGACAUUCGUAUGGUCAACCUUAGCUAUGUUUCUCAGGUUACAGUCUUGAGGGAAGCACCGGUCUCUUCCUUACCAACCCUGCCGUCUCUAAAUCUUACUAAGCUUAAUUCCCGAGCAAAGAGAAGCAUAGAAGAAAAGCAACGGCUAAUCCAGGCCAUGCAAUCUGGAGUGUCUCCUGAUGGUCAGAAGCUAUUUCUAACUAUCAAUAAAACGUUAGAGGAGGUGACAUGGAAGGGGGUAAAUAUUUUGGUGAUGGGGCAGGUCCUGAUCACGCCCCCAUACCAGUCGGACAACGUGAGAGAGCACAAGGACGGGAAGGAGGUUAGCGCACUACAGCUUAAUUACAUCAAGAAAAUUGUGGACAAGUUUCACAAGGAUCAACAGAGUAUGUCCAUGAACAACGGAACAAGUGCGACACCAGUUGUUGAGGUGCAGGCGGUGUCGCAGUGAGGCAGCCGUCAGACCAAACACCUCAGGCAUGUACAACACCAAGGUGGGGGUGGGGAAGGGGAUGGGGGGGGGGGGCUGGCCCAAGCUGAUUAACCCCACUUAUGAACUGGGUUUUCAUUAUUGCCAAUCGAAAGUGCAGGCCACUCCUAAGAUCAUCUCUGUGUAUGUUUGAAAUUGUCCAGAGUGACUGGCAUUCUCUUCUCAGCGGAAGAAUGCAGUUUGUAGUCACAAAAGGAGAAGUGCAAUUUAGUUGUUUCUUUUAUACAGACCCUGUUCUAGGUUCAUGUGGUGAGACGUUAGAUUUGUCACAAGACGCAAAAAAGUCGUGGGGGCAGUCUGAACUCCAUUAAAAGGCUAUUAACAGUUAAUAUGAAAUAUACUGUUUUGUGAGAACUUUUUAUGAUCAUUUCUAUCAAGGUUGUUAAAUGUAGAAAUUGUAUUUUAGUUAAUGUGUGAGAACAAAAAUAAAGAAAUGAAUAUGAAGGUAAUCUCUGUAGAUAAUAUGACAGGUUGUCAUGUCUGGGAUAACGCAUCAGCAAAUUGCAGUGCAUGAAAUAAAAGUUGAAUGAGAAAUCCUUGUAACAUCAAUAGAAAUAAUAAAGACACAUUUUUAUGUCUGUCUAAAGUUGUAUGUUUUUAUACAGUUUGUACCCUGUUCUAUAAGUUUUGGCUUUUCAUAUAACAGUGUGAAUUAGCAUAAUGUCUGUGAUGAGUAAUGAAAGGACUUUUUAAAGUUUUUGAUUCUGGAAAAGCACCAUGCCCUGUGCUCGGUUCCCAGAACACACACCUUCCCUGUUUCCUUAAAGACAAACAGGACAAGAUCUUAUCUUUAAUGACUUCUCUCUAGAAUGUUAUUAACUGAAUCCAUGUUAUGUUGGGAACAUACCAAUGAGGCUUGGAGUGUGUGGAGUAUGUUGUUUUUCCAUGUGGAGUCAGCAGAUCAUUGCCAAUUGUGAUGUGCAAAGUGAUGUCCAACUUGUUCAAUUUUGUAUGGAGUCUAUGGCCUCGUUAAAUUACUGUGUACUUUGGCAUUUGUUAAGAACCAAACUCUUUUGUUAACAAAGUAUAGUAUUUGAUACUUGGAAAACAUACUCUAAGAAAAUGGAGUUAACUUUUCAUGCUACGUCAAAGGAAUUUAAUGUUUCUCCCCAGAUACAUUCAUGUACGUUCAAAAUUACGAAUUUGUUAUUUUCCUUCAGGUUUUAAUGGGUGGUAAGUAAUGUAUGGAGAACAAAAUUUCGGUAUUUUCGUAUGAAACCCAGACAUUAAGUGAAAAAGGUUUGAGGUGAUGGUAACUGUAUUUACAUAAUGAUGCCAUAUAUGACAUUGUUAUGAAAGCAUUUGAAAGACAGCUUGUAGGGGUUGAGUUUUCAAUAUUUAAUUGGUAUUUAAGAUGCAUUUUCUUCCUUUUUUUUCUACUUGUUCUUCAUUUGUAGAGAGAAAGCAAGAGAGAGAGAGAGAGAGAGGUUUUAGGUUCAUUGGAAAUGAUGAGAGAGUAUUUGAAACUGUUCAUAUGAGUAGAUUAAAUGAUCCAAUUGCUUACAGUGCUUCAACAAGUGUGGAUUACUGGAAGCAUGUCACAAUUAAAGGGAAAGACACUAAUUGGUCACAUAAGGUUGUUUUAGAAUUGAUUAACAGGUGUUACAUUGUGUACAAAGUUACAGCUCUUUACUCCCAACAUUUUAUUUCUUAAAAAAAAAAGAAAAACAGAAACAAAAA